AUGGAGAGACUUACGUCCACACCUGUAGACGCAGCCCCUGCUAUUAUCGCUCUGAAUAAAGCGGCUUGGACAUUAUCGGUAUCCCUUUCCGAACUCGACAAGGAUGCAAAUCCCGGCAAUGCAUCUCUCAAAGGUCUUACUGGUGAAGUCAAAUCGCUCAGUAAUGAGUGUUACCAAAUCCACCUCAAGUUGGUAGAAGUCGCAAAUAAGACGAAGACGGGAUCGCCUCCACCCUACGAUGGCGACGGCCGGAUGUGGGCUUGUCUUAUAGCUCAAGUGGAAGACGCGAGCCAGACGAUGCACGGCCUGGAGUCAUUUGUCAAGAGCGUCAGGAUGGAGGAGUAUGAGGAAGCUAGUCUGGUGUUCCAGCCGCAGCACCUGGUGCAGCUAAAUAAGAGCAAGGAUCAAAUCGAGGAGAUGAGAGCGACCGUACGCAGACACAGUGACAACCUGAGAACCACAUUGCUCUUGAUCCACAUCGUACUCACCCAUCUUGUGCCUGUCCAUUGCGAACGACCGCCUGUAUCUGACGUUGUGGAGCUGCAACACAUGGUCACCAAGCUGCGACGCUCAUCUCGGAUCGGCCCACCUUGGCGGUAUUCUCAUACAGAGGCUACGUUAAUGCAGUAUGCGCAAGAGGUCAUCGUCAAAGGAAUCAAUAAUUGCGAGCGGAACCCAGCUGCAAACUCCGUCGCUCAGGGUUUACAUGUGGAACCUGACGAUAAUCGUGUCCCACUAUGGAUGACGGCCAUAAAAGCAAUGCGGGAAGAUCAGCAAGAAUCGAGACCUUCAGUUAUAGUUCCCACGAUCCCUUCAAACAACCCUGGGAGAGCGCAUAGUGUUCUGCGAAAUGCGGCACCAGCUCAAGACAUGCAAAAAGGUGAGGCGUCUGACUCGGAUGAUGAUCUUGAUACCGACUUCGCCAAAGCGGCAUUGAGCACCGGCUCCCAGGCGUUCGAUUCUGGAAUUUGGGAAGAGGCGGACUCUCUGCUCCAAGAGGCGCUGAGAAUACUGCAACAGCUACCAAAGCGAAGGCAGGCGUUCUGUGACGUCUUCAGUCUGCACUACAAGCUGGCAGUCUGUGCAUACCACGUCCAGGGACCUGCAGAUGCCGAAAAGGCUUUGACCGAAUUUGUUGAGCAACCGGCGGACUCCGAUAAACAACGCGAAUGCAUCCACAACGCCACGCACCUGCUAUCUCAGCUGUAUGUUCGUAUGAAUCGUCUGGAUUGCGCACGAUUCGAAUGCGAGAAGGCCUUGCAGGCACGGCGACGACUGCAGGGAAAACAAAGUGCCGCCUCUCUAGAAUCAAUGGCGCUCAUGGCCCACAUCUAUGUGCUGCUCAACAACCGCGCGCUUGCAAAAUCUUGCCUUGCCAUGAUACCGGAAGCUAACCGGGAAGCCGUUUUGAGAGUGGUCGAAGAAUCACUCGGGAUAAAUGUGGAGCAUCUUGACUUUUCUUCGCUACUAUCACGAGCGAGACCUCUCGAGACCGAUACAACGCUGGAGCUCGCUCCCAGCAGACUCUCUACAACGACCUUGGGAGCACCCUCGGAUCACAAUGAGAGCGACUCAGCAUCCAUUAUGGCGAAAUCACGGGCUGCCGAACCUUGGCAAACGCCUCGAAGCGUUGCGUCCGAGAAUGUCACCCUGGUAGAAUCAAGUCCAUCCAUGACGAAAUCGCACCCUUUUGUAUCGAACAGGCCGGAGUGGAGGCCCUCAAAAGAUGAAAGCCGAGCACGAGAGUACUCCCCUAGCAUGAGGAAAGCAGAUCGAGCGAUCGCGAGCUCGUGUGAACCAGAAGAAAUGGAAACACCGAAGGGAAAGCCACUUUCCCGUAAAGAAAUACUCAAUAAAGUUGGGUGUCAACCCAGGGAUCGAACUGAGGAGGCUGUUUGUGACGGGGAUCAUGGAGCUUUGUUGAAUAUCCUGAACAAGAAAAGGGGGUUCUGGCGGUCGAGGUCGAGUGUGCUGAAGCGUGGACGCCCAGAGCGGGUGACUGCGCUGCACUUUGCGGCGCUGUUUGGUGAAGUUGACAUGGCGCAGGCCCUAAUACAAGCGGGUUUCAGCGUUAACGAAGUCCCUUUCGGCUACUCGACGACUUUAACACCCUUAAACUUUGCCAUUGGCGCUCGCCAAGUGGUUAUGGUUGACCUGCUCACUGCGAACGGUGCGGUGCCAGCUGAACCAGAUACCUGGUCGACAUUAGCAGGACAACUGAUGAGCCGCUCAUGGCUGAUCAAAACAAUGUCCGAGGCUGAAAAGCACCUCGUUCCAAAGCGAAUAAUUGCGAUCAUGGAGAUUUUGCUCAACUGCGGAUGGGAAAUCAACGACCCGAUCGCGACAUCUGGAGGGACUGUACUCCACCAAGCUGUAUCUUUCUGGACUGGUGCAUAUAAGUGGGAUCUGAGUCUUCGCACUAUGGUAACUUCAUUCCUAUGCGAGAGAGGCGCAAAUCCAUUUCAGACGAACUCAGAAGGCAGGACCCCUUACGACAUUGCUUCCGCCUCCGAACAUCAGGACCUCAUGGUAAUUAUCGAAGACCAUUCCAGACGGAAGAAACUCCUGGGCACGCCAGCGAUGCCGGUUGAGCUGCCCAGCCAUUUCCAGUAA